AUGCAGAGAGACAUCAAAUUGAUAUAGUGCCAUAUGGAAGGUAAGACUUUGUGCAUGCAUUCUGGCCAUGUCUGGUGGUCAUGCCACAGGCCACUCUGUUUCCUCACUAUCCUGCCUCUGCUGUGGAUUGGAUGCACAAGAACCAGAUCACCAAACUCAUUACUUUGGGUAGUGUCGGUUCAGACAAACACACCCCACCCCCCACGAGAUUCUGCUUCAGUGUCAGAAGGAAAUGCAGCCACAAGGAGAACAAAAAGAGCUUUACCCACUAUCUCCUGCCUAUUCUCGAGUUCUUCUCAUGCUUGAACUGUUCCUCCUGGGCUUGGCUUUCUUGUGACGUCCUCCCUGCUCCAGGUAGAAACUGGGGAGACCAGCUACUGUAGACAAGUACCUCCCCUCUUUUGGACUGCUCUACCCUCAUUUGGCUCCCCUUUCACAUUCUGCCUGUCUGGAAAAUUAUGAGCAAAGAAAGCAACGGUCGACAAUUGACAUCUGGAAGCCACAAGGUUUUGUAAAGAUCAAGUCUACACACCACCCAAGACCCAACAAUGGCUUUAUCUCUGGAAGAAUUUGUCCACUCUCUUGACCUAAGGACCCUCCCCCGGGUCCUAGAAAUCCAGUCAGGCAUCUACUUUGAAGGGUCUGUUUAUGAGAUGUUUGGCAAUGAGUGCUGCCUGUCGACAGGAGAAGUGAUUAAAAUCACAGAUCUCAAAAUUAAGAAGAUCAUGGCUGAAAUUUGUGAGGGUGAUAUUGGAGGUUUGGAGUCUCUGAAGCCCUUCGAGCUGCCCAUGAAUUUUCCAGGUCUCUUUAAGGUCAUGGCUGAUAAAACUCCAUACCUGACAAUGGAAGAAAUCACAAGAACCAUUAAUAUUGGACCCAGUAGACUAGGUCAUCCUUGCUUUUAUCACCUGAAGGAUAUAAAACUAGAGAAUUUCACUAUUAAGCAGGGUGAGCCAAUCCGCUUCAACUCGGUUGAAGAGAUUAAUGGAGAAACACUGGUGAAUUGUGGUGUGGUAAGGAAUCAACAGAGCCACUCAUUUACUUUGCCAUUGUCACAAGAAGGAGAAUUUUAUGAGUGUGAAGAUGAGCAUAUCUAUACCCUAAAAGAAAUCAUUGAAUGGAAGAUUCCCAAAAACAGAACUCGAACAGUAAAACUUACAGAUUUCUCAAAUAAGUGGGACUCAACUAAUCCAUUCCCAGAAGACUUUUAUGGUACAUUGACUCUCAAGCCUGUUUAUGAAAUCCAAGGUGUACUGAAAUUUCAAAAGGAAAUAGUCCGGAUUCUCCCCAGUUUAGACGUUGAAGUCAAAGACAUUACUGACUCUUAUGAUGCUAGCUGGUUUCUUCAGUUGCUGUCUACAGACGAUCUUUUUGAAAUGACCAGCAAAGAGUUUCCUGUAGUAGGUGAAGUCAUCGAAGUAUCUCAGAGGAACCAACUGCCCCAAAAUAUUUUACAGCCUGAGAAAACCAUUAUCAUCCACAAAAAGUACCAGGCUUCAAGAAUCUUAGCUUCAGAAAUUCGCAGCAAUUUCCCUAAAAGACACUUCUUGAUCCCUACUAGCUACAAAGGCAAGUUCAAAAGAAGACCCAGGGAGUUCCCAACGGCCUAUGACCUGCAGAUAGCUAAGAGCAAGAAAGAAACUCUCCACGUGGUGGCCACCAAAGCUUUUCAUACACUUCAUAAGGAGCUAUCCUCUGUGUCUGUUGGAGACCAAUUUCUAGUGCAUCAUUCCGAGACUACAGAAGUUGUCUUUGAAGGAACAAGAAAAGUAAACAUUCUUUCCUGUGAAAGAAUCCUCAGUAAGUCCCGUGAAGCAGCACAGCUUCCUCUGUAUAUGGAAGGAGGUUUUGUAGAGGUGAUUCACGAUAAGAAACAGUACCAGAUUUCUGAGCUCUGCACACAGUUCUGCUGGCCCUUCAAUGUGAAGGUGGCUAUGAGAGAUCUCUCCAUUGAAAACGACAUUUUGGCAGCAACUCCGGGACUGCAGUUGGAGGAGGACAUCACAGAUUCUUACCUACUUAUCAGUGACUUUGAAAAUCCCGAGGAAUGUUGGGAAAUUCCCGUGGGCCGCUUGAAAAUGACUGUUCGGUUAGUUAAUAGUAGUAGUUUGCCUACGGAUGCAGGACCACUUCAAGUUAGGAGUCUUGUAGAAGAGAUUACCGAGGAACAGUAUUACAUGAUAAGGAGAUACGAAAGCUCAGUAUUACAUCCCCCGCCUCGCCCUCCCAAACACCCCUCAGCUGAGGAUAUGAAGCUAACCUUGUUGAGCUUAGCAGAAGAGAGAACGAUAAAUCUGCCCAGGUCUCCCAAGAGUCACCACAUAGACAGAGCCAAGAAGCUCCACCCAGAUCACUGUAGCAUGGAUUCAAGCGUACCAGGUGGUUUUCAGAACGAUUUGGCUGAUGUGGAGAGACGGAAGAACAAACAUGGGCCACUGCAGUAGCAAGCACUGAUGUGCCUACAGAACUCUUCAAAACUGAAAAACUUCAAAUGUAACAAGAUGUGACGGAACCCACUUGGGCAGUGAACAUAAAUGUUGCAGUGGAGAAGGAAGUCUCGCUGAAAAACAAUGAUUCCCCAAUGGACUCUGGAAGAAUCUGGAUCAGCUACUGCAAAGACAAAAACAAGCUUAAAUGUUUUAACACAUAAAUCUCAAAGAGAGACCCAUGAUGUGGAAUUUAAAUUGUCUACUUGGUUUCCUAAAACCCACAAGUAUUGUUUUCCUGUUGUUUAAGACAUAUUUAUUUUAAUGUGCAUCUUUUUAUUGAGUAGGAUCCUAUUUUUAAGUCUAAACCCUCACUAAGUUUUUGCCCUUUUUUUCUAGCAGUUUUCCUUCCCAUUUUUUUCCAGAUUCAUCAUCAUUUCUGCUAAGACCCAAUAAGGAAAAUUAAUUGUGUUUGACAGUGACUUAAAAUGGCCAAGUUUCUACUCUGAUUCCCUGAGAACUGUGAGAAUGAGUUUGAUUUUGCAUUUUCAAUGUGUUUUAUGAAUACACUGUGAGCAUCAACUCUCAACAGCCAGCCCCAUUAUGAGUCACAGAACCUUCUCUAACUUCCUUCCUCCACUUCUAAAAGGGCGAGUUGUUGACCAAAGAAUCACUUUGUAUUUUACGUACUGUAAUUUUGAUCAUGCUUCUUUUUUUAAUUGGAUAUUUUUAUUUACAUUUCAAAUGUUAUCCCCUUUCCCAAUUUCCUGAUAUAAAACCCUUAUCCCAUCCCCCCUUUCCCUUCUUCUAUGAGGGUGUUUCCCCACCCACCCCUUCCCACCUUCCCACCUCCCCACCCUGACAUUCCCCUACACUGAGGAUCCAGCUAUGGCAGAUCCAAGGGCCUCUCUUCCCAUUGGUGCCCAACAAGGCCACUUAUGCAGCUGGAGCCAUGGGUCUGUCCAUGUGUACUCUUUGGAUGGUGGUUUAGUCCCUGGGUGCUCUGGUUGGCUAAUGAAUGCUUAUUAAAAUUGUAGCAAGCCAUUUAGUUAACCAUAAUAUUUGAUAGGAAGAAAAAGGCAAUAUAAUUGUAAUGAGUCUUAUAAAUAUAGUUGGCGGGAGCCAAAGAGAUUAUUAACGAAUGCAUAGUAGAAUAGUAUAGUUAUAUGCCUAUAAAAAUUAAAGGCAAACACAUUUGUAUAAGUUUUCUUAUUAUAUGCUAAAUAUACAGGAAUGAUACUACAUUGUCUUUCAUAACAUGAAGAGGUUGAAAAUUUUUCUAGUUAGGUUACAUAGAGAAUAGUGGGAAGCCUUAGAUUUUGUUCAUAAGUCAGACUUUUUACAAGACUUUACUCUGAUCUCAUAAUUAAUUUAUGAGUUAGGAGAACUUAUUUGAUGACUUAAUACUAAGAGUCUCUAAAGAUAGCAAACCAUGAGGAAAUUUUCAUCAUAUAAUCACAGGCUGGAUAGCUUUUAUAUAAUGUUUAUAUUCUGAUUUCUUACCUUUUCUUACCUUUUUCUCCUUAAUUAAUAACUGAUUUUGAUUUCAAUGCUUUAAAAAUUGCUUAAUGACUUACCCAUUAUCAUAUUGUAUGUCAAUAAUACAUUUUUAGGACAUUUAUUGUGUAUAAUUAAUAACAUUUUAGGAGAUUGUUGGUUUUAAUCUGUUUUUCCAGUUUACACACUUUUGAUCAGGAAAUUAGAAAGUUGAUGUCUCUGUACAUGAGUUCUUGGACACCAUAGAGAAUCAUGACCGAAACAAAGCCUAAGAAAGCUACACUCUGUGUAAUCUGGAACCAAUACAACUUUGUCAUUUUUCACCUAACAGUGAGCACUGUGUAUUUUUAGUUUGGUGUAUGAGCACAGUUGAAUUUGGAUUUUUUGUAAGUCCACGUCUUUGACUAGAAAAUGAGAAAAUGAAUUCCCUUCCUUUAGUUGUGAAUCCUCAAAGACUUCCUACCAUAAAUCAUAUCUAAUAUUUCUAUCUUAAUGAAAUUUCCUUUGCAUAAUCUUCUUCUAGUUGUCUUGGUUUCAAAAAUACAAUAAACUUUAUGACGUAUUCAAGAUCUUGAGAAGUUGGAAUGAAAAUUUCCACUGUUCAUAUGUAUGUGUCUCUGGCCAUGGUUAACUAUGAAAUAACGUACUUUCUAUAACAAUUUGGCAAAAAUAUUCUUUAACUAGAACUGAAACCAGUUUUCAGCAUCGAGGAAACUGUUGUAUUUUUAAAAGCCAAAAAGAAAAAGAGUGUCCCCUACAGUACUACUCGCUGUAGUUUCAAAAUCUUGGGCCCAGUCAUAGCAACAAAAUUUCAUGACAUCGUCAUGAUGCAUCAAUAGAUGUCAAUGUGACCAGUUACUAAUUCUACUAAUUAAAAUUCCCUAAUAUCAUUGAAGCAGUGUGAGCAGUGGUGUAUUAGUUAGGGCUACUACUGCUGUGAUGAAACACCAGGACAAAAUGAAACCUGGGGGAGGAAAGGGCUUAUUUCACUCAGAGUUCCAUCAAAAAGUUUACCAUCAAAAACAGUGAGGGCUGAAACCUGGAGUCAGGAGUUAGUACAGAAGCCAUGGAGGCUUGCUGCUUACUGGCUUACUCCUCGUGGUUUGCUUAGCCUGCUUUUAAAAAUAAUCUAGCACCACCCACAAUGAGCUGGGAUCUUCCUCAUGGAGAGUCAGAAUAGCAGGAGAGACUCCAUCUUGUUCUCUGAACUCCAUUUUAAGGUGCUUGUCCUCAGACUGACGUGGCCCCCACCCUUGUUCUGGAAAAGAGACCACAAAGUGUUCUCAGCAGUUGAAAAUAAACAUAACAGCGGUGGCCAGCUCAUAGUAACAGGAUGAGUUGAGAAAAUCUGAGUCAUUCCCUGGUUAAGAUGGCCCUUUUAGAUGUGUGGUCUCUCCUUGUGGUUUGAGCAGAUGCUAUGCAACAAUCAGUUUAAAGGCCAACAUUCCUUUACACAUUUACCCAAUCAUGCAGUGCCAAGGCUUGAAAGACCCUGCUUACAAUUUUUUCUCUGUAUAAACCUUAAGCUCCUAGACCUGGGUGUCAUGUUCCUAACCUAUUGCAUCAGAAAUGUUUAUAACCUGUGUCCAAACUUGAAUAAAGACUCUCGUGUGCUUGUA